CAUGGAGGAGCGGCGAGGGCCGGAGCGGCGGCACGUGGAGCGGCGGCACAUGAUGGAGCGGCGAGAGCCGGAGCACGCGCCAGCGUUCGACAUGUGGCAGGAUUACCUGGGGCUGGCGGCUGUGCUGGCGGCACUGCCGCAGGAACGCCGGGACGAGACGCCACCGUCGCCCAACCCGCCCUCGGCACCACCGGAGACGCCACCGGCGCCGUCCGGCAGAGCCGUGUGCGGGUUCUGCAAGCAGAACGGAGAGGCGCGGGAGGUUUACACCAGCCACGUCCUGCGGGACGCAUCGGGCCGGGUGCGGUGCCCAGUGCUGCGCAGCUACGUCUGCCCGCAGUGCGGCGCCACGCAGGACCGCGCCCACACCCGGCGCUUCUGCCCGCUGACGCGCAGCGGCUACACCUCCGUCUACGGCCGCCCGGCACGCGCUGCCAGCACGCGGGCUCCCACCGCCCAGACCAAGUAGCCGAGGGAUGCACCCGCAGGUCGCUCCGCUUUGCCGGGAUCCGGCAGCCACGGGGGAGCCCCGACUCCGCUCACACCAAGGAUGGAGCUGCCCACCGGGCCCAGUCGCCGCGGUUCCUGUCCCGGCUGCGCCGAUGGAUCGCCCGGAACGUUUUCCGCCACAGCCUGUGGGCUCAGUUUUGGGAUUGGGGUUGGUUUGGUGAGAUUCAGGCAUUCCCGAGGUACCGAUUGGCCGAGCCGGCUCCGGUUCAGGCAGGGAGCUCGUGCUCUGGUUGUUGCCCUCACCGGAUGUGCCAGUUGGUUCGUUUAACAUUCGUUUAUUUAACCCCGUUAUCUGUUC